AUGUUCUGCGCCUCACUGCGCCGACGACCACCGUUCGCGCCCAUCUGCAACAAUCUCACCUUGACGGCAUCAGGUGGUUUGCAAGGCAAGCAGACGACCCUCCAUCAUCAGCACACCACUAACGCGUACCCAGAGAACCAACUCACCACCCACGACAUAGCCAUCCCCUCCGGCACCAAUAUCGACCCACGCACAGGCACCAAGCUCUCCGCUCGCCACCUCCGCAUCCUCCUCUUCGCCCCUUCCGCCAUCUCGGACAAGAAUCUCGAAGCCACCAUUGCCCGCAUCAAAGGCCUCCUCACGCUCCCCGAUGUCGAACAAAACGACCAUGCCAUCAUCUUCCUCCUCUGCCCACCUCGUAACACAACCUUUCACUCUGCCAAAUUCUCCCUCCAGACCACUGGUAACGACGGAGAUGGAGACACAACCGCCGGCGUCCUAGCCUACAUCCGCCUCCAAGUCGAGCUCAGGAACCACAAAGUGCCACCAAUCGCCGUCUUACCACUAUGCCAACUAGACAGCCUCCCAUCUCUAAUCCAAAAACACGCCGCCGCAACAUCAAAACAGCGCCCGAAAACCGCACCACCCUCCAAGACCACCCGCUUCGAACUCCUUACCCAAUGCACCGCCGCCCCACCCAUGCAAGAGCAGACCGCCUACGUCUGCACAGACAUUUUUAAAGACCUGCGAGAUCUGGCGCAAAGUUCCGUGAAUGUUACAGCGGUACCGGCUUUGGCUUCGAGUUCGCCGAGUGUGAGGGCUGCGGGAGGGAGGAAUCCACUGUAUUUGGGAGAGGGGGAUGAGAAGGGUGGUGCGGAUCCGGAGAGGAAGGUGAGGAUGUUGAGGGAUAUGGUGGGGGAGGAGGAGGGUGGGGAUGUGGUGGAUUUUUGGAGGGAGGAGUUUGUUGUCGAGUGA